AUGGCUAAGAUCACAUCGAUAGAGUACUUCAGGGUCCUUCCCCGUUGGCUCUUUGUUAAAGUCUGCUCCGAUGACGGCCAGUACGGUUGGGGUGAAGCCACACUCGAAGGUCACACCGAAGCAGUCGAAGGGGCCUUAGAAGAGCUCAAAAUUCGCUUCGUCGGAUAUGACCCUGACAACAUCGAACACAUCUGGCAGACAGCAUGGCGUUUGGGGUUUUACCGUGGGGGGGCCGUCUUCAUGUCUGCUCUCGCAGGCCUCGAUAUUGCUUUGUGGGAUCUGAAAGGGCGCAAACUAGGAGUCCCCGUUUAUCAAUUGCUCGGAGGCAAGGUCAGAGACAAGUGCUUGGUUUAUGCCUGGAUUGGAGGUGACAGACCGAGUGAUGUCGAAGCCCAAGGAAAAGUUCGUUUGGCUCAAGGAUUCAAGACCAUUAAAAUGAACGCCACGGAGGAUCUUGGUUGGCUUGAUUCACCAGCUGCCUUACAAGCUUCAGUUAAGCGUCUCGAAGCUGUCAAAAAGCUUGGACUCGAUGUUGGACUGGAUUUCCACGGACGUGUUCACAAGCCAAUGGCUAAACAACUUGCAAAAUUGCUGGAGCCUCACCAACCGCUGUUCAUUGAAGAGCCUCUCUUAUCGGAACACAUCGAAGGCAUCAAACAUUUUUCCAGUCAAACCACCAUCCCAAUCGCCCUUGGAGAACGAUUGUACCACCGUUGGGACGUCAAACCAUUCCUCGAAGCAUCCGCAAUCGAUAUCCUCCAACCCGACGUCAGUCAUUGUGGUGGCAUCAGUGAGGCUCGGCGUAUUGCCGCUAUGUGCGAAGCCUACGACGUUGGAGUUGCCCCCCACUGUCCUCUCGGACCAAUUGCACUCGCAGCGGCUCUUCAAAUCGAUGCCGCUUGCCCCAAUUUCGUCAUCCAAGAGAUGUCCUUGGGGAUCCACUACAAUAGCAUGCAUCAGAGCAAAUACGACCUUCUUAACUAUACGAAGAACCCUAAGAUCUUCGAUGUCAAGGAUGGCUAUGUUCAAGUCCCCACUGGCGUGGGAUUGGGCAUUGAAGUUAAUGAAGAGGAAGUCCGCAAGGUUUCAAAGGAUUGCAAAGCCUGGAGAGCCCUCGAGUUCCACGGUCCAGACGGCUCGGUCCGCGAAUGGUAA